CAACCUGGGACAGCGCGACAACCAGCUGGAAGGAUUGAGGUGAACUCCCAGCAGCCAGGGCACAACCCGUUCAUUCAGCAGCCGGAGCCGCGGCUUCUCACUCUUCGCAGCCCCGCGCCCUUUCCCCUCCGUGCGCCCAGAGAUUGGAGGGAGUGGGUCUUAAAGCUUCUGCCCCAUGAGCUCCACCAGCUCUUCUUUGUUUCUGGGAGUCCCUGGGAAGAACUGCGUAGCAUCCUGACCCUACUUCCGGUGGAGGUGGAGGUGGAAGGCAUGGACAAGGCUGGCAACUUCAUCGGCUGGCUGCACAUCGACGGCGCCAACCUGUCCGUCCUGCUGGUGGAGCACGCACUCUCCAAGGUCCACUUCACCGCCGAGCGCAGCUCCUACUACAAGUCCCUGCUGUCUGCCGAGGAGGCCGCCAAGCAGAAGAAAGAGAAGGUCUGGGCCCACUAUGAGUUGCAGCCCGUGGAGGAGGUGACGCCCGCGCUGGAGGAGAAGGAGCGCUCGGCCAGCUACAAGCCAGUGUUUGUGACCGAGAUCACCGACGGCCUGCACUUCUACGUGCAGGAUGUGGAGACGGGCACCCAGUUGGAGAAGCUCAUGGAGAACAUGCGCAAUGACAUCGCCAGCCACCCUCCCGUCGAGGGCUCCUACGCCCCCCGCCGGGGCGAAUUCUGCAUUGCCAAAUUUGUAGACGGAGAAUGGUACCGCGCCCGGGUGGAGAAAGUCGAGUCUCCUGCCAAAGUACACGUCUUCUACAUCGACUACGGCAACAGAGAGAUCCUGCCGUCCUCCCGCCUGGGCACCCUGCCACCUGCCUUCAGCACUCGCGUGCUGCCAGCUCAAGCCACAGAGUAUGCCUUCGCCUUCAUCCAGGUGCCCCAAGACGAGGAUGCUCGAACAGACGCCGUGGACAGCGUGGUGCGGGACAUCCAGAACACGCAGUGCCUGCUCAACGUGGAGCACCUGAGCGCCGGCUGUCCCCACGUCACCUUGCAGUUUGCCGACUCCAAGGGGGACGUGGGGCUGGGCUUGGUGAAGGAGGGAUUGGUCAUGGUGGAGGUGCGCAAGGAGAAACAGUUCCAGAAGGUGAUCACAGAAUACCUGAAUGCCCAGGAGUCAGCCAAGAGCGCCAGGCUGAACCUGUGGCGCUACGGAGACUUCCGAGCCGAUGACGCAGAUGAGUUUGGCUACAGCCGCUAAGGAGGGAAUCGGGUCUGGCCCCCAGCACCGCUCACGCCAGUACCUCUUCCUCUGCCGGGAGGGGGUUUUCAGCUCCAGACCUCAAAUGGGGGGCAUAGAUUGGGUCCAGCUUUGCUUCAGUGUAUGGGAAUGUCUUGUAGGGUGGCAUCUGGGCUGGGGACGGGGGGGUGGGGGGAGCCCAAGGCUUUCAGGGGACAGGCCACUGUCUUCUGCGAGGACAGGCACUGCCAUCCGCUGUCUCUCCCAGCUGAUUUUGUUUCUCUUUGGGGGUUUGUUUUUUAAAACUUGUCCUCAGAUCAGCAAGAAACAUGAAAGACUUUGUCCUAUGGAGGGCAUGAUCCUGGCACCCAAGGCCAGCUGGCACCCCUCUUCUAUCCCAGACUCCCCUUUUCCCCAGCUCUCUGUCCAGCUGUUGAUUAUGUGAUUUCUCUGAUACGUCCAUUCUCAAAUGCCAGCGUGUCCACGUCUACCCCUUUGCCAGCCCUCCCCAUUUCUGUAUUUAAAGCUUUUGAGGCCCAAUAAAAUAGUACAUGCUGUCUGCAGCCCU